AUGUCCGUCGAGCACUCGCGAACCGUACGCCUGAGCGAGGAUUUGUCCUACGUUCAACCCACGGCGCCGCUUCCCUCCUGGCUCAAAGGUUUCUUCGUCACGGCGGUGAGCAAAGGACAGGAUUCGGUGGUCCAAGCCGCCAUUGAAGCUUCAAACAUUCUGAACGAUUACUGGUUCAAAGUGGCGUACGACGCCCAUCGCAUCGACGGGGAAAAGCCGUACGAACGCGCCGAGGCGAUGUGGAUCCCCGGUUGCGACGCGUGCGCGUUCGUGGCGCUUCGGCCGGACGACAACGACGCGAACGUCUACAUGUGCGCGAAAGCCAUCGUGGAGGAGUGUCGAAAGGGCGCGGAUUGGAAGCAACCGACGCACGUCGCGCGGAUCGUUGCGGUUGAGAAAAGCUCGAGCGAGCUCGAACUAGACGCGCUCGCGCGAGACGUUCUGUCGAAGCACUUUCCAGAGCGAGGCGGCGACUCGGAGCCCGUUACUUUCGGCAUUCACUACGAAGAACACUCGCCGAUGAGACAUUUCUCGAGCACGGACGUGAAUCGCUUUGUCGGCUCGCACGUUCCAGACGAAGGGUACAAAGUCGAUCUCAAGAAUCCAAGGUUCACGAUCUGCGUCGUCAACGCGGGCGGUUCGAUGAUGAUGUCCGUCGUCGAAGCCUACGACGCGCUCGGGCACUUCAACGUGCAUCGCGCGGCGUUCGAGGACAAACUCAGCGAUACCGUGCCGGCGCGCGGCGACGAUUCCGCGCAGCCCGCGGCGUGA